UUUUGUCGUGUGUCAUCCUUGACUCAGAGAGUAACUUUCUACAGUAGUCAUUCGUGAAUUACUCCUCGUUUUUGUUUCGAAAUGGUGUCUACUUGCAUGGUACCGAGAUGUUCAGCCAGCGCAAGGAAAACACACAAAGUAAGUUUUCAUAGAUUACCCAAAGCGUUGGACUUGUGCAAAAAGUGGCUACGGGCUAUCAAUAACCCCAAGUUCGGGGAGGACACGGCCAUUGAAGCCCUAAAAAAUCUCACGGUGUGCAGUCUACAUUUCAAGCCAGAAGACUUCGAGCCCAACCCCUUAGGAGUGAAGAGACCCGCGCUUGUCAAAACCGCAGUUCCGUCGAUAUUGCCAGAUGAGGUCGACGAACAGCCAGGAACUUCUGGAACGGCUUGCAGUGCCAAACGCAUUUGCCUGGAGCUCUCGAAGUCUCCGCCUGCCCUGCCAAGCCCUGAGCCCACUGCCGUUACCAAGCGCCUGGUUGCCCCCGGCAACACAGCCGAGAGCCUUCAGAGUCCACCACAGGCUAGUGUAAAGGACAACAGAAGUACGCCAUUCCUCAGACCUGGGAGAGUUGAUUUGCUGGAGGUCACAGUGCAAGUGUCCUGCCUGCUGCAGCUGUUCGACAGGUGUUUGGGGUGUGGCGGCUACUCGUGUUGGGUCCGGACGCGGCGCAAGGGAGUCGUGUUCCACGUGAUGCAGCAGUGCUUCACAUGUGACCUCACCAUGCAGUGGGCCAGCCACACUGCUGCUGACCGCUCACACACACAUAAAGAGGACAGUCAACAGGUCGAUGAGGAGGAUGAAUGGACGGAGGAGGAGACGGAUAACCGUGACCUGGAGGAAGAGGAUGAUCAGGAAAACCUAAAAAGGAAGAGGCGGGACAGAGACGAAGACUGGAUGCUGGAAAAUCCCGACUCAGUCCACACCACCUCCUCCUCUGAAGAAGAAGAUGAGGGCGAUGAUGAUGAUUAUGAGGAGGAGGAGGAGGACGAUGAUGACGAGGACGAGGACGAGGACGACGACGAUGUUAUUGAAGAAGAGCCUGUGCGUGAGCUAUGCACUGAAUGUGGGAAGUUAUUCAGAAGGCGCUUUGACAAGCCUCACGUCUGCCUGCCCAAAGCCAAGCCGGUGACGUGCUCGAUCUGUGGAAAAGGCUGCCUCUCGGCCCGUGGCGUACGGAUACACAUGGAGAGAGUCCACCAACGACGGCCGCGCUGCAAGUUCUGCUUCAAAAAGUUCAGGCAUGCUGAGGAGAAACUCCAACACGAACAAAGCCACCAGGGGGAGACACUGAGGUUCCGCUGCCCCGAAUGCCCCGAACGUUUCCCUAACUACAAGAGGCAGCGCACUCACAUAAGGACUCACUCAUAUACUUGUCAGUACUGCGAUAAAGCUUUUAAACGCUUAUGUGCCCUGCAGAGACACACGUUCAUUCACACAGGAAAGAAGCCGUUCACCUGUGCGGUGUGCGAUCGCUACUUCAACCAGGAAAGCCACUUGAAGUCACACAUGCGCCUGCACACGGGAGAGAGACCCUUCAAGUGCCAGCAGUGUGACAGGAGCUUCAACCACAACGUCAGCCUCAAGAGCCACCUGCAGCGUUACCAUGGCGCCAAGACUACUGACGCUGCUGAACAGGGCCAAGAGAACCACCUUCAGACAGGCUCAGCUGAACAGGCCCAAGAGCAUGCUUCAGAACACCAUAGGCCCAAUACUGACUCAGCUAGCAGAACAGGGCCAGGAGAACCACCUUCAGACAGGCUCAGCUGA